AAAGUUGUACUUUAUAGAUUAGGUAUAGACUUUGGUGCAUGCUAGGUAGGCUAGGUAAUAAUUAUGUCAUAUGAACUUAAGACUUUUUGGUCUUGGUUGUUGGCAUAGUUGCUAGUGUAUGCUUAUAACUAGAUGCAAUAUUUGUGCAUUUAGUAAUGCUUAGAAAGUGGGAAGGUAAGCAUCAUAGAAGCAUCCAAGGGGAGAGCAUCCUGCUCUCCCAUGGGAAAGGUUGAACAUGGGUUGAGAGAAAAUCAAGAGAGCUAGAGUGAAAAGUAUUAUAGUGAAAAAACUCUUGGGAUAGAGUGAGGCUCUUGGGAAAAUUCUAUGAGUGGGUGUGCAAGGGAUUCGGGAUUGAGUUAUGUUGAUUUAACUCAUGUGUACUUGUACUGUUAUUCAUAGUGAAGAGCAAUAUCUCUCCAGGGACGUAGGCAGGAUUUUUGCCGAACCUUGUAAAUUUCUCGGUGUCUUUAUUUCUUGUAUUUUAUUAUAUUCAACUGAGUGUGAUUUGAUGAGGUUGUAAUCUAAAUCUCGUUUCUGCACUAACGAACCAGCCAAGGCACAACAGUCCAGACCCGGAUUUUCCGCCGAAGUCCCGGCGUUUCCGUUCGUUGGCAGGCACCCAGUCCGGACGGCUCGCCUCCAAGCGGUCUGUCAGUUCGAACGAAUCCGAUGCUUCAUUCGGGUCUCCGGGCUCUUCAUCCGGCAUCCUCCGCCAUUGAUUUUCUCACAUUGUGUCACCGUCUCAAGAUCACAAAAAGGAAGGGUUGGAUCAUCAAUCAGGGAAUAAAGGGUUCAGAGUCCAUCGCAGAUCAUAUGUAUCGCAUGGCUUUGAUGUCCUUGAUUGCUGGUGACGUUCCUGGCUCGAAUAGAGAAAGGUGUAUCAAGAUACAAAUUGUGCACGACACUGCAGAAGCUAUUGUUGGAGAUAUAACACCAUCUGAUGGCGUACCGGAAGCAGUGAAGAGCAGAAUGGAGCAAGCAGCUUUGGAUGAAAUGUGCUUGGUUCUUGGUGGAGGGAUUAGGUUCUUAUCUGCAGCUGGAGAGAUCAAAGAAAUUUGGACGGUGUAUGAAAAUAAUUCGUCCGUAGAGGCUAAUCUUGGGAAAGAUCUUGACAAAGUUGAAAUGAUUCUGCAAGCGUUGGAAUACGAAAUGGAACAUGGAAAGGUGCUGGAUGAGUUCUUCAUUUCGACAGCAGGCAAAUUCCAAACGAAACUAGGAAAGAGUUGGGCAGCUGUGAUAAUUGCUAGAAGAAAUUCACGAUUAGGCAAGAGUAAAAAAGGAUAUUUCUCACGUCAUGGUUCGCAGUCAAGCCUCCUUGUUGAAGUUGGCCGCCACCCUGCUGCACGUUCCUUGUUAACCAUUUUUUUGUCUUCUCGCAUGAAGGGCAAACAAGGAUCUUGUAUUAUAGAGCACCCCCCAACAGGAUUAUAGGAUCUCCAGUUGCCGCUGUGGAAUCCAAGCAUACAUCCGUGGAGGCCCGGGUGAAAGUAAAGGUACGGUAAUCUCCAAAUAUAUGAAGCUGCUUCAAUCCACCAGCUGAACACCACUAAACACGGUAGUUCUUGUAAACUUUUCUCAUUUUUCAUUUUUUUGAAUUUUAAAAUAGUUAGUUUUUCUCCUUCGUAUACCGGAAACACAUCGAUUAGAUAUGUCCCGGAGUGUAUCAAGUUUAGAGUAACCCAGAAAAAUGAACUUCUCUUGCAACAAACUUGCUUAAUUUUCAAUUAAGUUAGUUUGGUGAGACGGAGGUUGUCAGGUUAGGCUUGUAUUGUGGAUCUCUAAGUUCAAGUUAGGCGGAUUGGGCUUAAAGCCCUUUGUUCUAUUUUCUUUACUUUUGGGGCAAACUUUUUAGACA